CGACAGUCGGCGCUAGUAUCGCAGUUAAACAUGUAAAAUGGCUGAGGCGAGCAACCCUGACGAAACAUCGCCGUGGUGGAACUCCUGGUUGGAGUCUGCAAAGGAAAAGUCGACGGCGGCGUACGAGUUUUUCAAGCGUGACCUAACAGAGUUUUCUACCACAGUGCAGCAGGAUACUGUCACCGCUGUUUCAAGCACCGCAGCAUUUGUUAGAGACAAAUUAAGGUUGGAUGAUGAAGAAUCAGUGACGACCAAAGCGAAAGAAGGCAUCUCCACUUUAAUUGGGACAAUUAGCGAAGCCCUGUCACCCUCCUGGGACCCCGCAGAUGAUGAGCUCUCUGUCAUCAAGAACCACGAAAUCAUCCCGGUUGAACGAUGGCAGGCAUCACUUCAUUCCAUCCUGGUGGAUCGUAACACGUACUGCCACGAGCCAGACUGUCCCCCUGAGGUGUACGAGAGUUGGCUGGAGACAUUCAACUUGGAAGAGCACAAGGAGGAAGUGGCCGAGAUCCUGGUCAACUACGACGAGGCCCACCAGUUAUACAACGAACUAGUUCCGUCUGCCGUAUCCCACGAGGAGUUCUGGGAGAGGUACUUCUUCCGGGUCUUUCAACUGCGGGAGGCCGAGGAAGAACUUGUAAACUCUGUUCAGCAGUCGAGUUCGCGACUCUCUGUCGGAGAUUCCGAGAGCAAGCCCAUAGAUGUGAGGUGCUCCAUCGUACCGCCCAACACACCCAAUGUCCCGUCCGCUGAGCAGAGCAUUUCCAAUUCGCCUACAUCCAAGAGUGCGCCUCCCGUUGAACAGCCUGCUGAGCAACCAGAGGGGUCGACAGUAUCCAGUGAAUCCAACGGAAAAGAAUUGACUUCAAAGUGACCAUGAUUCACCAACAGCUCCAGAAAAUGCAUUUUCAAUUUUGCUAUUCUUUAGGGAGAUGUAUCUUGAACCCAAAAAUUUUUGGGUGAUUUUCGAUUAUCUGACUGAUGAGCAGUGCUGGUUCUGCCCAAAGUAAAUUUUUGUAGAAACCUGAAAAAAAAGAGAGGUAUCUAACUGCAUUAUGCAUCCCCACAACAAACAAAACCGAGAUCUCUAAGGAUGUCGAGAAAAAUUAAGUUUGCUUUGUUACUAAUCACUUUAGGAAGGGUGCCCUAACUCUGGUUCGGUAGUUUGGUUGAACUCUGGUUCGGUUUGGUCAUCUACGAGUGUGACAUUUUAAAUGAGCCUAGAAAAUGUUGUCCCAUGGUGCAUGUAUUCUGCUCAUCUGAGAACAAUUUUCAGUCUUCUCUGGUUGAGUGAGCUUUGAAGUGUACAGAAAAAAGAUAGCUUCCAAAGAGCAACGAGGAAGCCUGUACAACAUUGGCAACUUUAUCUUUAUGGUAACUUUAGCUAUUUUGUAAUGCAAUCUGGUGUGGGUGGGGU